GCAUCGAGCAUCCUAAUCCAAUGUUUGGGAUGUUAUGGCGGAGCCAAAUGUUUGAACUGGCAGAACAGGAAAAGCUCCUCCUGUGUGCUACUCAUCUUUUUCUCUCCCGUUCAGCUUCUCUCUCGUGGUCGUGGCCUUCCGUUCAUAGAGGCGACGACUGGCGAGCGGCGACGCCCUUCGCCGGGCCCGUCGCCAGCGACGAGCACGCACCAGGUAAGCCCGCCCGCUUUCUCCCCUUCCUUCCUGCUGAGCGAAACGGAGCGCCCCAAACCCUAAAGUAAGCUAUUUGUAUUCGGAUCUGAUCCCAACUUACUUCGAUUUUCCUUUUUUGCAAAACAUAUCGGGUGUACAUGCGUCCACCCAUUUCCUAUACCGAGUCCGCCCCUGGGUUCAGUUGAACCCCCAUGGCACAUUCCCCUGCUCAGUACUGAGCUCAACAUUCAGCAAUCAUCAAUCCUAUGGAGGACGCAGCAGGAAGCAUUCUUGCAUCUCUCGGCCGCGUGCGCCUCGUUGAUCUUGCAGCCUGCGAGGGCCUCCCUACAGAGAACUACAAGAUAUGUGUAUCAACCCUGAUGCAGUCCUUGGCUCAGUAUUCAGCAGCCGUCAUUCAGCUGCCUCCAUCUGAAAGUGCCCUGUUAAGGUCCGGCCUGGACUCCGCUCGCCUCUUCUUCCAUCAGCGUGGGUACAAUCCUAGCGAGGCUGUCCACUCGGAUGAUGCUCGCGAAUGGUGCAAGACCUCUGGUUACUAUGUGGAUCCUCAAAUGUGGCUGGAAACGUAUGAUUACAGACCUGGGGUUACUGUAACAGAUCGCAGUGGUGCCAUGGAAUUGCCUCCUUCGGGCCUACCUGACAUAUUUGCGGUGCUCGGUAAAGUUUCAAGAGAUAUUUUGGAUGCAAUCAGUUUCUCGUUGAAUUUAAGAAGCUGUGCAUUUACUGACAUACUCGACAACAUACCCUUGAGAAGCCAGGAGGUAUCAUCUUCUGUUCUUUCUGCAUGCUGCCAUUCAAGGCCGUCAUUUGAAGUACAGCAGCAUAGCAUUGCUUCUCAAGAUGAUGGUCAGUUGCUCAUAUUUUCUGACCAGGAUCAACAGGCGGAUAAGACUUUGCUUACCCUAGUCAAGUCAGAUAGGUCAGGUCUAUAUGUAAAAGACAUGCAUGGACACUGGAUUCUUCUUGAUGGGGAUCUUGGUCCAAACGAUGUUGUUGUGUAUCCUGGCCUCGCACUUUAUCAGGAAACUGCUGGCUAUGUAAAUCCAGCUGUAUACAAGACGGAGGUUGGAAACUUACAGGGAUGUAUGUUCGGGCGAUGUUCUUUGAUCUUCAAGCUCAUGCCUAGAUCAGUUGCAAGGUUGAGUGGCUCAGAGAUGAGAGCUGCUGGCCAUGGUGUUGAUGCUCAGUUUCAGGUACCCAUAUCAGUUAAUGAUUUCAUGCAGACAGGUCAUUCUGUUGAUCAACUUUUUCCCAAGGAUGACGAACCAUCACCACAUGCAGAACAGGAUUCAGCAACAUUUAACUCUGCGAUGAAGAAAAAGAAUGGAAGUACAAGAACAAAGCCACUCCCUCCUUCUAAAAGACUUCGCCUAGAGGCGCAGAGGGUGCUCAAGGAGCGUGUUCAGGACAUUGCAGACAAGAAAGGCAUCAAGCUGAGAUUUUGCAAUAUCAAAGAAUGUGAAAGCCACAUUCGGUCGUUGGAUAGCCCUUGUGAGAAUAUCAGAACUGAAAUUGGGUGGCCACAAGGGGUUCCGUUUGUCCAUCCACAUGACCUCCCAAACAAAGCAAAGCUUGGGUUUCUAGAAGCUUAUGAACCUGGAUGGACUGCCUCCCAGCAAGAAACAGAGUUAAGUUUUACUGAACCAUAAUAAGUGCGUUCUCGUCAACGUUCGGCAUGAUAGCAUUAGUGAAGGAGCCAGCCUCAGUAAAUUUUGAUGUGUUACCAACCUUGGACAUGUUUUGAAUUGUCAAGGCUGGUCGGCAAUUUCCUUCCCUUUCAUGUUGACGCAGCAGCAAUUUAUACUUACACCAAUUACUGUAGCAAUGUAAAGCAACUACCUACUGCCUAGAUUGUUAAUUGCGGCUACCAGUUACCAUGUUUGGACUUGCAAUAAUUUCUCAUUUACUGUUCAAUGUGAUUUUUCCCCCUGGAUGAAAAGAAGAGUGAAAAAAAAAUACUUCACUUCUGA